AUGAAUCAGUGGAAAUUCGUUCGUAAUGCUGUUGGAUUGUUUGGUUCUGCAGUUCAUGAAGGAUAAACAAAAACAGGAACAGAAUUGGCACCAAGAGCACUCAGAGAGGGUGGUCUCAUAUCAGCCUUGUAUAAUUUGGGUUGGGAAAUUAAUGAUAUGGGAGAUAUCUAAGGUAAGAAUUACAGACUCCACAACGUCAAAAGUCAAUAGUUUCGUAACAGUCAACAAAUAGGUGUUAUCAAUGGAGAAAUCAAUAAGAAAUCCUUUGAUAUUGCUAAACAAAAUAAAUUCAUGCUGAAUAUUGGAGGAGAUCAUAGUGUAGCCAGUGGGUCCAUUCAUGGUUUGUUACAACAUUAUGGAGAUGAUUUAAGAGUUGUUUGGGUAGAUGCUCACGCUGAUUGCAAUUAUGAGAUUGGACCAAAUAGAAAUUAUCAUGGAAUGCCAUUGGCUCAUCUAUAUGGUUCCAUAGUAGAACCAAUCAAAAGAUUGGAUCCAAAGAAUCUCAUUUACGUUGCCAUUAGAGAUAUAGAUCCUAUGGAAAGAGAAUUUAUUAGAGACUAGAAGAUAGUAUAUUAUGGUAUGGAUGAAAUCAUAGAAUUGGGUAUUGGGUAAGUGAUGAAUAGAAUUCUUAAAUAAUUUGAAGGAAAACCUAUUCAUGUGAGUUUCGAUGUUGAUUCAAUUGACCCUGAAUUUGCACAUGGAACUGGUACUCUUGUGGAUGGAGGAAUUACUUAUAGAGAAGCUCACUAUUUACUUAGGAAAUUAGCAUCAUCAAAAUAAUUAGUAGGAAUGGACUUGGUUGAAGUAAAUCCUUAAUUGGAAACAACCCCUGAAUUUAGAGAAGAGUUUUUUGGUGACUUUUAAUAAAUUGGUCGCAUUCAAGGAACAUAAACAGUGGCUUUAGGAAUUGAAUUAAUAGCUUCUGCAUUAGGUAGAACACUUGUCUUGUGAAUAUUGUAUAUAUAUCUAAAAAUAAAUUGAAAUUUAAAUUUUAUUUA